AUGGGACUUUACCCUGGUACCGUCAAGGAUCCCCAUACCGCCUUCACAUUCGCCGUCCUCGACAAUUUCCUUCUGGAGAACAAAGAGUGCAAGACGGCGGCAUUGAACUACUACAGCAAGCUCAAACGGGUCACGAGCAAUGCCUUCCCUGGCACCAUUCCCGACCGUUAUCGUGAGCUGAUGUGGGUGUCCCGCCAAUGGCGCCAACUCAAAUAUCACAAGUGGCACGGCUUCUCACACGAUGCCCUCCAUCCUGUGGAGAAGGGUGGCCUCGCCAUCUUUUGUCCGGCCUGUCCCCAGCCUGGGCUCAACCUGCCUUUCGAUUGGCAAGCGGAUCCAGUGCAGUGGAAGUUCAAACGCGGCUUUGUCAUGGAUGGCAAUUUCAGUGCAGAGCACAUGAAGAUGAAGCACCCCAAGGAGGACGUCACCCUCAGUGACGGCCAGGCAUUCAUGGUCGGCCAAGAGGAUUACAAGGCUCAUCUGGCGGUGGCCAUGGAGUCGCAUCAGCGCUCCACUUGUCAUGAGCACCGUGCUGUCAAUCAGGCCAAUGUGGAUUGCGCCAACCUCAACGCCACAGGAAUCGGGGCCACUGCUUGCGCCAGACAUGGUUUCUUCGUCCCUCAUACUGUCGUCGAUUUCCAGAAGGGAGAAAGACAAAUGAAUAUGGAUUACUCUCUCAGCAAUGCGCUCCUGACCCUCACCGGUAUCACCCUCAUCCUCGUCAUGUAUGACAUCAUGUGCCAGUAUGGCAUCCAUGUCCGCAAAUGUUUCCGCCACAGCGCCUAUCUGAGGAUGCCCUUCGAGCUCAAGGUAGACCAAGGCAUCGGCUUGUUUCAUGUGCAUGGACACCAAGAUUGCUGCUUCCAACGGUUCUCGCCCAACUUUAUAGUUGGCGCUGGUAUGGUCGAUGGCGAGGUCAUCGAGACCCUGUGGGCGCCCACAAAUGAGGUCUCAGGCAGUACCAGGGGCAUGACCCGAGCUCACCGCCAAGAAGUCCUUGACGAUCACAUGAAUGACUCCAACUGGAAGAAGAUGACUCGCAUGGUGCCAACCUUGAUGACAAAGUGGAAACGCGUGCUCCUGGGCUUCCCACGAAGCAAGGAGUCCUUUGAAGCUUUAUCUGCAUCCACAGAUGAGGAUGUCCUUGAGGCAUGGCAGAAGGAGUACGACGAUGCUAUGGACGCUCGCCAAAAUGAUCCGAAGAUCAUGGACACCUUCGAUGUCCAGCUCAUGAAGGCCCCGGGUAAAGACCUCACCCAACUCAGACUGGCGGGCGAGGAGUCCGCCAAGGGCUUGGAGAAGGGCACCGCCAGAUGGUUGUCGACUGGCCUCAAAAUUCAAGAAGCACAGCUUAAGCUUGCGAAUGAUAUCUGCAAGGCGGGUCAAAAUCCGAGCAUGGCGGAGGACCUCAAGACUCUCGAGCGCCGUCAGCACCUCGAAGUCAGCAUUCUCACAUUCCAACGUCGCUCUGAGAAGUUCAUGGGAAGGUUGGAGGACAUUCCCGCCAUGGAAGAUCAUGACGAUGGUGCGCUCUGGGAUUUCUUGGAUGAGAAUCCUUUUCAAAUACACCCGGAGGAUGCUGAGUAUGGCGAGGAUGCGAUUCCUCCCGAGCGAGCUUCCUUGAAUUUACCUUCGCAGAUAGGAUUCGUGGCCGCCGUCGCCAACGGGCUCCAGACCCUGGCAGCCCAAGAGUUGGAGUUGCGCAAAGGCCUGAUGAAUGACAUCCUCCACGAGCUUCGCAUGGCACUUGGACUGAAGUCUUACCUCUACCGCAAGAGGGUUCGUCCCGCCAACAGCGUCGGAACCAUGACCCGUGCACAGGCGGAGGUUCAUGCUGCCGAUCAGACCAUCUUGGCCUGCGCCAAGCUCUAUUCCACCAACCGACGUGCCAUUAUGCGCUUGGGCGCCACCGAUGAAGACUUGGCCCUCUAUCGCCCUUUGGAUAAGAAGGACCUGCACGUGAAGACUGCCGUCAUCGAGGCUAGCACCUCCGGGCUCAGGAACAUCAACCUGGCUUGGUUCUGGACCAUGGAUGUCGCUGGAGAUCGAGGUUCAUCAGAAUGGAUGGACGAGUGUUCGUAA